GCAGGCGUCUCUGUUGUCUGUUUUUUGUGUGUGUGUGUGUGUGUGAGGCAGAUCUUGGACAGAGUCGCCACCCCCGUGGAUUAGUGGCACCCUGUUACCAAUUUUGCUGCACCACUCUCACUGUGUUGUGUGUGUGUGUGAAUAAACAAUCAAUUCUACAACAAUUUCAACAAUAAACGAUCAGUCCGAUACGCGUCCACCACACAGGGAAGGAGACCACUCGCUGAGCGGAAAUAUGGCCAAUACUAUGGACAUGCCCAACGAACGGCUCAAAUGGCUAAUGCUGUACGCAGCUGUUGCCCUCAUCGCUUGUGGCAGUCAGACUUUGGCUGCCAAUCCACCAGAUGCCGACCAGAAGGGACCCGUCUUCCUCAAAGAGCCCACCAACCGCAUUGACUUCUCCAACUCCACCGGCGCCGAGAUCGAGUGCAAGGCCAGCGGCAACCCCAUGCCCGAGAUUAUCUGGAUACGCAGCGAUGGCACUGCCGUGGGCGAUGUUCCCGGUCUGCGCCAGAUCUCAUCCGACGGCAAGCUGGUCUUUCCGCCCUUCCGUGCUGAGGACUACCGCCAGGAGGUGCACGCCCAGGUCUACGCCUGCCUGGCCCGCAAUCAGUUCGGAUCCAUUAUAUCGCGGGAUGUCCAUGUGCGAGCCGUGGUUAAACAGUUCUUUGAGUCGCAGGUGUACGACGAGUACGUGAUCAAGGGCAAUGCGGCCAUAUUCAAGUGCCAGACGCCCUCCUUUGUGGCGGAUCAUAUUGAGAUUACCGAUUGGAUCGAUACCGAGGGCGAGGUCUACACCAAAAACAUCACGGAUGGCAAAUAUCUGGUACUGCCCUCUGGAGAACUGCAUAUCCGCGAAGUGGGACCCGAGGAUGGCUACAAGAGCUACCAGUGCCGCACCAAGCAUCGUCUGACUGGAGAGACACGACUGAGUGCCACCAAGGGUCGCCUGGUCAUCACAGAACCCAUUGGAUCUGUUCCGCCCAAGAUCACGAGUCUGCACGACAAGUUCCAGGUGCUGCAGGUGAAAUCGGCCGAGGACUACUCCAUGCAAUGUCCUGGCCAGGCCUAUCCUGUGCCGAUAGUUAGAUGGUACAAAUUCAUCGAGGGCACAACCCGCAAACAGGCCGUGGUGCUGAACGAUCGCGUGAAGCAGGUCUCUGGGACUCUCAUCAUCAAGGAUGCCGUCGUCGAGGACUCUGGGAAAUAUCUGUGCGUCGUCAACAACUCGGUGGGUGGCGAAAGCGUUGAGACCGUCCUAACCGUUACGGCCCCCCUGUCGGCGAAGAUCGAUCCACCCACACAGACCGUGGACUUUGGCAGACCGGCCGUGUUCACCUGCCAGUACACGGGUAAUCCCAUCAAGACUGUCAGCUGGAUGAAGGACGGCAAGGCCAUGGGACACAGCGAGCCCGUGCUGCGCAUCGAGUCGGUCAAGAAGGAGGACAAGGGCAUGUACCAGUGCUUUGUGCGCAACGACCAGGAGUCGGCCGAGGCCAGUGCAGAGCUGAAGCUCGGAGGCCGCUUCGAUCCCCCCGUCAUCCGGCAGGCCUUCCAGGAAGAGACCAUGGAACCGGGCCCCAGUGUGUUCCUCAAGUGUGUUGCCGGCGGCAAUCCCACGCCCGAAAUCUCCUGGGAGCUGGAUGGCAAGAAGAUCGCCAACAACGACCGCUACCAGGUCGGCCAGUACGUCACCGUCAACGGGGACGUGGUCUCCUAUCUGAACAUCACAUCGGUGCAUGCCAACGACGGCGGUCUCUACAAGUGCAUUGCCAAGAGCAAGGUGGGCGAGGCGGAGCACUCGGCCAAGCUGAAUGUCUACGGCCUGCCCUACAUCCGUCAGAUGGAGAAGAAGGCGAUCGUCGCGGGCGAGACCUUAAUUGUCACCUGUCCCGUUGCUGGCUAUCCCAUCGAUUCGAUUGUCUGGGAGCGUGACAACCGCGCCCUGCCCAUUAACCGCAAGCAGAAGGUCUUCCCCAAUGGAACGCUGAUCAUCGAGAACGUGGAACGCAACUCGGACCAGGCCACCUACACGUGCGUGGCCAAGAACCAGGAGGGUUACUCCGCGCGCGGCUCCCUGGAAGUCCAAGUCAUGGUGCUGCCCAAGCUGGCCCCCCUGCCCGUCAAUUCCCCCCUCUAUGUGGGCGACUACUACCAACUGUCCUGUGCGGUGGUGCACGGGGAUGCGCCCUUCAACAUCACCUGGGACUACAAUGGCCAGCCGGCCGGAGAUCUGCCCGGGGUCAGCAUCAUGAUGCACAGCCGGCGCAGCAGCUCGCUGAACAUCGAGAGCGUCCAGGGCGGCCAUGCGGGUGUCUACACCUGCCGGGGCGCCAAUCGGGCGGGAGAGACGACGGCCGAGAGCCAUCUCAGUGUCAAGGUGCCACCAAGAUGGAUUCUUGAGCCCACCGACAAGGCCUUCGCCCAGGGAUCCGACGCCAAGGUGGAAUGCAAAGCCGAUGGAUUCCCCAAGCCCCAAGUAACCUGGAAGAAAGCAGUUGGCGACACACCCGGAGAGUACAAGGAUCUGAAGAAGAGCGACAACAUUCGGGUGGAGGAGGGAACCCUACACGUGGACAACAUCCAGAAGACCAACGAGGGCUACUAUCUGUGCGAGGCCAUCAACGGCAUCGGCUCAGGUCUCUCCGCCGUGAUCAUGAUCAGCGUGCAGGCCCCACCAGAGUUCACGGAGAAGCUGCGCAACCAGACCGCCCGACGAGGCGAACCCGCCGUCCUGCAGUGCGAGGCCAAGGGCGAGAAGCCGAUCGGCAUCUUGUGGAACAUGAACAACAUGCGCCUGGACCCCAAGAACGACAACCGCUAUACGAUCCGUGAGGAGAUCCUCUCCACCGGCGUCAUGUCCAGCCUCUCCAUCAAGCGCACCGAACGCUCCGACUCUGCUCUGUUCACUUGUGUGGCCACCAAUGCCUUUGGAUCCGACGAUGCCAGCAUCAACAUGAUUGUCCAAGAGGUGCCCGAGAUGCCCUACGCCCUGAAGGUCCUCGACAAGUCCGGCAGAUCCGUGCAGCUGAGCUGGGCCCAGCCCUACGACGGAAACUCUCCCCUCAACCGCUACAUCAUCGAGUUCAAGCGCUCCCGCGCCUCCUGGAGCGAGAUCGAUCGCGUCAUGGUCCCCGGCCACACCACCGAAGCCCAGGUUCAGAAACUCAGCCCCGCCACCACCUACAACAUCCGCAUUGUGGCCGAGAACGUGAUUGGCACCUCGCAAUCAUCGGAGGCCGUCACCAUCAUCACCGCCGAGGAAGCUCCGUCUGGCAAGCCGCAAAACAUCAAAGUGGAGCCCGUGAACCAGACCACCAUGCGCGUCACCUGGAAGCCCCCACCACGCACCGAAUGGAACGGCGAGAUCCUGGGCUACUAUGUCGGGUACAAGCUAUCCAACACCAAUUCUUCGUAUGUCUUCGAGACCAUUAACUUUAUCACCGAGGAGGGCAAGGAGCACAUCCUGGACCUGCAGAACCUGCGUGUCUACACCCAGUACUCGGUGGUCAUCCAGGCAUUCAACAAGAUCGGAGCAGGACCUUUGAGCGAAGAGGAGAAGCAGUUCACAGCCGAAGGCACACCGAGCCAGCCGCCCAGCGACACCUCCUGCACCACUCUCACCUCCCAGACCAUACGCGUUAGUUGGGUAAGCCCCCCCCUGGAGUCGGCCAAUGGCGUGAUCAAGACCUACAAGGUUGUAUAUGCCCCCAGCGAUGAGUGGUACGAUGAAACCAAGCGACACUACAAGAAGACCGCCUCCUCCGACACCGUUCUGCAUGGCCUGAAGAAGUACACCAACUACACGAUGCAGGUGCUGGCCACCACAGCCGGAGGCGAUGGCGUUCGCAGCGCCCCCAUUCACUGCCAAACUGAACCAGAUGUUCCCGAAGCACCCACCGAUGUGAAGGCUCUGGUGAUGGGCAACGCCGCCAUCCUCGUCUCGUGGCGCCAACCGGCGCAGCCCAACGGCAUCAUCACCCAGUACACCGUCUACUCAAAGGCCGAGGGCGCCGAGACUGAGACGAAGACCCAGAAGGUGCCCCACUACCAAAUGAGCUUCGAGGCCAGCGAGCUGGAGAAGAACAAACCGUACGAGUUCUGGGUCACGGCCAGCACCACCAUCGGCGAGGGUCAGCAGUCCAAGAGCAUUGUGGCCAUGCCCAGCGACCAGGUGCCCGCCAAGAUUGCCUCCUUCGACGACACGUUCACCGCCACCUUCAAGGAAGACGCCAAGAUGCCCUGCCUGGCUGUCGGCGCCCCCCAGCCCGAGAUAACCUGGAAGAUCAAGGGCGUCGACUUCAGUGCCAACGAUCGCAUGCGCCUCCUGCCCGACGGUUCCCUGCUGAUUAAGUCCGUGAACCGUCAGGAUGCCGGAGACUACUCCUGCCAUGCCGAGAACUCCAUUGCCAAGGACUCCAUCACCCACAAGCUGAUUGUGCUGGCACCGCCCCAGUCACCCCAUGUCACCCUCUCGGCCACCACCACCGAUGCCCUGACCGUCAAGCUGAAGCCUCAUGAAGGAGACACCGCUCCCUUGCAUGGCUACACCUUGCACUACAAGCCAGAAUUCGGCGAAUGGGAAACUGCUGAGGUGUCUGUGGACUCGCAGAAGCACAACAUUGAGAGUCUGCUCUGCGGAUCCCGCUACCAGGUCUACGCCACAGGAUUCAACAACAUUGGUGCCGGCGAGGCGUCCGACAUUCUGAACACCCGCACCAAGGGCCAAAAGCCCAAGCUGCCAGAGAAGCCGCGCUUCAUUGAGGUCUCGUCCAACUCCGUCUCGCUGCACUUCAAGGCCUGGAAAGAUGGCGGCUGCCCCAUGUCUCACUUCGUGGUUGAGAGCAAGAAACGCGAUCAAAUCGAAUGGAACCAGAUCUCGAACAACGUCAAGCCCGACAACAACUACGUGGUGCUCGACCUGGAGCCCGCCACCUGGUACAACCUCCGCAUCACUGCCCACAACUCUGCCGGCUUCACCGUGGCCGAAUACGACUUUGCCACUCUGACCGUGACCGGAGUCACCAUUGCCCCCCUGGACGAUGGCCUCGGCCAUGGCAAUGUCCACACCCGCAUCCGCCUGCCCGCCUGGAUGCCCGAGUGGCUGGACCUCAACUUCAUGGUGCCGCUGAUAGCCACCGUCGUUGUGGUUGCGGUCGGCAUCUGUGUGGUGUGCGUGGCCCUGUCCCGACGACGAGCCGACGACCUGCGCGGCGGCCAGAAGGAUGUCUAUUACGAUGUAGUUUACAAUCAGACAAUGGGACCCGGCGCCACCCUGGACAAGCGCCGCCCGGACCUGCGCGACGAGCUCGGCUACAUAGCGCCCCCCAACCGGAAGCUGCCCCCCGUGCCCGGCUCCAACUACAACACCUGCGACCGGAUUAAGCGAGGCCACCGCGGUGGCUUGCGCUCGAACCACUCCACGUGGGAUCCGCGUCGCCCCAACCUGUACGAGGAGCUGAAGGCCCCGCCAGUGCCCCUGCACGGCAAUCAAUAUGGUCAUGCCCACGGCAACGCUGAGUGCCACUACAGGCAUCCAGGCAUGGAAGAUGAAAUCUGCCCCUAUGCCACCUUCCACCUGCUCGGAUUCCGCGAGGAAAUGGAUCCCACCAAGGCCAUGAACUUCCAGACCUUCCCGCACCAGAACGGACACACUGGCCCCGUGCCCGGCCAUGCCGGCACCAUGCUGCCACCCGGACACCCAGGACAUGUGCACUCGCGAUCGGGAUCUCAGUCGAUGCCUCGCGCCAAUCGCUACCAACGUAAGAACAGCCAGGGCGGACAGUCGUCGAUCUACACUCCAGCUCCUGAAUACGACGAUCCAGCCAACUGUGCCGAGGAGGAUCAAUAUCGUCGCUACACUCGCGUCAACUCUCAGGGCGGCAGCCUGUACUCUGGACCCGGACCCGAAUACGAUGAUCCAGCCAACUGUGCCCCCGAGGAGGAUCAGUAUGGCUCCCAGUACGGCGGCCCGUAUGGACAGCCCUACGAUCAUUACGGCUCUCGUGGAUCCAUGGGACGCCGCAGCGUCGGCUCUGCUCGCAAUCCUGGAAAUGGCUCGCCCGAGCCUCCACCACCGCCACCACGCAACCAUGACAUGAGCAACUCCUCAUUCAACGACUCCAAGGAGAGCAACGAGAUCUCAGAGGCUGAGUGCGACCGCGAUCACGGACCACGCGGCCACUAUGGCGCUGUGAAGCGAUCCCCCCAACCGAAAGAUCAGCGCACCACCGAAGAGAUGCGUAAACUGAUUGAAAGAAACGAAGCCGGCCCAAAACAACUCCAACUCCAACAACAAGCAAAUGGCGCAGGAUUCACAGCCUACGAUACUAUGGCAGUGUAAUUUGUAAGCGACUCCCGCCAGCAGCGAUGGGCGUGGCAUUGUAGCUUAGUGGUUUUAGGUGCAUGAAGUGCGUGGGAGUUGAAUGACCCUCGGACCCAACACAACACAACAGAACACAACACACAGACAGAUACAUACAUAAACGCAUCAUCAGCAUUUCACAAUGAAAUCUAAGAAAUCGGAGAGAAAGUGAAUUAUACAGCGCAUAUAGAGUGUGCAC